GACCGGACCGGUUCCCCCUAAGCCGGGACCCCCCUGCUCGGCCCACAGGGACCCGCCAUGGAGGGAGCCGAGACGGGUUUCCAGUUGCAGGCAGAGGGAGUGGAGGGCAGGAAGCGAUACAGCGAGAUCUUCCGGAGCCUGGAUGCCCUGGAGAUCUCCCUGGGCAACGUGGCUGUGGAGAUGUUGGUGGGAGAGCCCCCUCCCACUAGCCCCACACUCACCGAACACCAGCAGCCUGAGGAUGUUGGGACCGAGGAGAUGCCUGCAGAGACCCUCCCUAGGAGCAGCCCCAGUGAGGGGGGGACAGGUCCAGACAGUCUUGCAGCAAAGGAAGCUGAUGAAUCCCUCCUCCAGAGCCCUGGGGGUGUGGAGGCUGCACUGGGCUAUGCCAAGUUGUGGAGCAAAUACGUGAAGGAACUUUUGAGCUGGAGCGAGAAGCGGGCUGUUUAUGAGUUGGAGUUUUCCAGGAACAUCAUGAAGAUUGCUGAGGCUGGUAGAGCGUUCGUCCUGCAGCAGAGCCACAUGCCGCUGCAGUACAUCUACACCAUGUUUCUGGAGCAUGAGCUGGGAAUGGGGGCCCAGGCGCUCGAGACAGGGGGGCCCCUGCAGCGGAGGGAGUACUAUCAGCCACUGGCAGCCAAACGGAACGAGGUGGAGAAGUGGAGGAAAGAGUUCAAGGAGCAAUGGCAGCGGGAGCAGAAGAGGAUGAACGACGCGGUCCUGGCGCUGCGCCGGUCCCGCUUAAACUAUCAGCAGCGCUGUGAGGACCUGGAGCGGGCCAAGCAGCAGAGCUCCCGGGCCGACGAGGACCGUCUGGGGGCCGCCCACACCCCGCAACCCCGGGACCCCCACUCUGGAGGCACCACCAGCAAACAGCAGGAACGGCGGCGGCGGUCACGAGAGGAGGCUCAGGCUAAGGUCGCGGAGUCGGAGGCGGUAUACCGGACCUGCGUGGUGGAGGCCAACUGUCGGAAGCAGCAUCUGGAGAACGCAAGGAAGCGGAUUGUGUCCCAUGUGCGGAAGCUGGUGCUGCAGGGUGAUGAGGUGCUCAAGAGGGCAACGAUGAACCUGUUUGGGUUGCGAGAGCACCAGGGGGUCCAGAUCCCCAAGGGCUUCCAGGCGCUGAGUGAGUGCUGCGAGCCGUACCAGCCGGGACAGCGCUACCUGGACUUUGCGCGUAUGCAGCAUCCGGUCGAACCAGGCCCCUGCCCCUCCCUUCCCCCUGCCUUCUGCUUCGAGGAGUAUGUGCCCAUGGCAACCAGCUCUCCCGUGGACCAUCGGAAGCGGCCUGUGACUCCAGCGACCCUGACAGCCAUCCGAAGGCCCAGUGCCUCUGUAGAGCAGAGCGGCUCAGCAGGAGAGAGCCAGGGGGCCCGAGACCUCAGCUGGAGCUGUGGAGACUCAGACAGCCUGGGUGGGAGCAAUGAGUCUCGGUCUCUGGACUCCCCAACGUCCAGCCCGGGCCCAGGCCCCCGCCGGCUGCUGAAGGCCCCAUCCACUGGCACCAUGUCCUCUGACGACUUUGAUGACAGGGACUCCGGUCAGACGGCUGACGCUGAUCUGGGGGACGGGCUGGGGGAUGGAGUCUCCUGGCCCUUUAAGAAGCUCCCGCUGUCUAGCGCAGCCCAGACACACCGGCUGCGGCGGCUGCGGGGUCCAGCCAAGUGCAAAGAGUGUGACACCUUCAUGGUCAGCGGUGCUGAGUGUGAGGAGUGCUCUCUGACCUGCCACAAGCGCUGCCUGGAGACACUGCUCAUCACCUGUGGCCAUAGGAAACUCCCUGCCCGCAUCCCCCUCUUCGGCGUUGACUUCCUGGAGCUGCCCCGGGACUGUCCUGGGGAUGUGCCCUUCCUGGUUACUAAAUGCACGGCUGAGAUUGAGCAACGGGCUCUGGACGUCCAGGGCAUUUACCGGGUGAGUGGGGCCAAGGCACGGGUGGAGCGGCUGUGCCAGGCACUGGAGAACGGCCAGGAACUGGUGGAACUUUCGGAGAAUUCUCCGCACGACAUAACCAGCGUCCUUAAGCACUUCUUCAAGGAGCUCUCAGGCCCUGUGAUCCCCUUCCACCUCUACAACGCCUUCAUAUCUCUGGCCAAAGAGCUGCCAGCUUCCAGGGAGCCCCCCGGGGCUGUGGUAUCUGAUUGCGUGCGGACUCUGCGACAGCUUCUGAACCAGCUACCCGACUCCAACUACAACACCCUGAAGCACCUGAUGGCUCACCUGAGCAAGGUGGCUGGCCGGUUUGAGGAGAACAAGAUGUCGGCCAACAACCUGGGCAUUGUGUUUGGGCCGACACUGCUCCGGCCGCCGGGAGGCAGUGGGACAGGGGAACUGUCCAUGGCUUGUCUCCUGGACUCUGGACACCAGGCCCAGUUGGUGGAGUUCCUCAUCCUCACUUAUGAGCUCGUCUUUGGUCCAGACCAGCCCCCGUCUGUCCCAUCUGGGACCCCCAUUCAAGCUGGGAUCUCCGAGUCUGAUGGGGCUCAGACAUCUACCAAGCUCUGUACUGUCAAACUGGACCCCAGCAACCCUGUCACUGAGCUGGCACCAGGGGACACCAAGAGCCCCCCAGAAGGAGAGGAGGAAGAUCCCAGCCCCGCCCUAAUGGAGCCGGAGCUGGAUCCUGACACUUCGCUGGGGACCCAGCCCCGGGGACACUUUAGCCGCCAGCCCGUGAAGUAUUCCCGGGUGGGGACUGGAGGGUCUCCAGCCAAGAUCCGGCCAGUCAUCCACCAUCUGUCCAGUCUGGCCCUGGUCACCUCCCAGAUGGGCAACGUGACCCCUGAGGUCCCCGAGACACACGGUCAGACCCUGGAGCAGCGGCCACAGGGCAACCUGAAGAACCGGGUUGGGGCGGGUCCGAGCACCUCUCCAGAACCUGGGGAGGGGACCCCCCGCAAGGCUGGUGGAAAGCAUUUUGAAAUCACACAGGAGACUGCCCGACUUCUGGCCCAGUUCCAGGUUGGGGGAGAGGCUGGAGCCCCGGAGUCCGAGGACAUUUGCCUCUGAGAACGUCCACCUUCUCAGCUAGGGUCAUCAUCCCCAGGACCAGGGUCACUGAGAGGGGGAGACUCUCAUCGUCUUUCUGUGGACGGGGGUUGGGGUGUGUGUGUGUGUCCAGCUGGUCAGGGUAGCUCAAAGUGGGUGGAUGGUCAUGCCCUCUGUGAGGGGCAGAGGCUCCAUGGCUUAGAAGGGGCAAUACUGUCCCGCAUCCCCACUGCAGAGACUCAUUCCCCUUCCACCCUGCCCUCCCGACAUCCAAAAGGCUCCUCUGUGGCCCCACCCCAACUCCUGCAACCUGAUUCUUCCUGUUUCAGCCCCCGGUUUGGCUCCUAACCCAUGUCCUCAGCGUAGAACAGCUGCUGUCUGUGCAGCUGCUGACUCCUGGCCGCUGUCCUGACAGUCUCUGCCUAGUGAACUAACCAGGGCCACAAGCUCUCCUCAGCACUCCCUAAUGGGGGGAGGGAGGGAAAUCUCUUGGGCAUUUCAUUCCUUUGACCCCCCCCCCCAAAAAAAAGUGGCCUCUUGGCCUCUUCCGCCCAUUACCAUUUAAAUGGAUGUUUAAUAAAUGGUGUUUGGAUGU